UUGAACAGCAUUAAAUAAACGAAUCGCAUUAGUUUUGUUUAAAAUGUGUUUGGAUUUGUACAUAUAAAUAAAACUAAUAUAGACUAUUAGAGACGCGCUUAGAAGCCUACCAAGCAAGUAGGUUGAUACAAGUAGGGACGUUGAAACCGGAGACGCUAUAAUGGAAUCUUCAGAUUUGCAAAUGGUUAGCUUCGAUGAAGAGCAAAUAUUUGCUGUUGGAAGAGCUCUUAUGGCUGUUGCAGAUGAAGUUUAUGAAACGCCGAAAUUCGAACCAAUAUCUUAUGAGCCAGAAGAAGUAAUCGAACUGCUAAGUGAUUCCGAAAAUGGCGUUGAAGAGGACACUUCAGAUUGUGAAAUAUUUGGUCAAAUGUGUUCAAAUAUAGAAUUAGCUGCAAUAGACACCGUAAUAACAAAAGAUCACCCUGAAGAGAACGAAGUAUACCUAAAUGAGGCUGUUGUUAAAUGUCCUGACCAAGCUACUAAUGACACCACCUCCAUUAAUAUUACAAAAGAAAACAAUCAAGAAUCGGUAACCUCUCAAUUUGGCUUAAGUGCAAUUAUUGAAUUGGAUGAUGAUGAUGAUUCAACUUGUAAUAAUGGUAUCGACGCUGACAACAUUAAUGAAAAUAAAGGGGAAUCCUCCGAAGAGGAGGUAAAAGAGACAAAGUGUGUGAAUCUUUUGGAUUAUGAUUCAGAUGACGAUAACGAACCUUCAACAUCCAAACAUCUGCCAAGAAAUUGCCAUAAUUUAGAAGCUUUUCUCAAUUACUUAUGCCCUCAAUGUGGCGUCUCAUGUUGUAAUAAAAAAAAGUGGAAUGCGCAUACAGACAUCGUGCAUAAUUUUCGUUCUAUAGACAAACUCAAUCUAAAAACAGUGAUAAGCCGUCAAGGGCAAUUAUUUUAUCAAUGCAAGUCCUGUGAGAAAAAGUUUAAUUCAGAUUGUUCACAUCGUAUUUUACUAAAUCAUAGGAUUCAGCACAUGACUAUUCCACAAUUCUUGCGGUGUCGCUUGUGUGAGGAGAGAUUUUCCUCUCGUAUGCAAUUUUUGAAGCACUUUAAAAGCAAACAUAGAAAGAUAGCCUUGGAAAAGUUGCGACGAUCAGAAUCAUUUCGAAAACAUAUAAUAUUCGCCUGUCCGGUCUGCAAGAAAAAAACUGCUAAUAUGAAAAGCUGGAUGAGUCACUUAGAAAGUGCACACGAUUGGUAUAAUAAAUUAGAAGAGAAGGUUACUACAUUAAGGAUUAAUUUAGUUGAAUGCAAGUCAUGUUUGGCUACCUUUCGUUCCAACUAUGUUAAAUGGCACUCACUGCGACAUGAAGAAAACGAACCUUUUAAUUGUAAAUUUUGUAAAAAAUUUAAAUCCUUUACUUUUGGGCCAAUAAUUAACCAUAUUCGUGUGGAACAUUUCAACGAAAAAUUCGAACAAAUAAAGCAUUGUUAUUAUUGUGAUGAGACUUUUGCAAACUUCAGACAACGCAGCGACCAUAUGAUCGAAAUGCAUACAAUUGAAAGAUUAACAUGCGAAGUGUGCGAGAAGAAAUAUACCUCAAGUGCGCGACUGCUGGCUCACAUGGCGAAAUUUAAUCACCAAAAAAUUAAAUAAAAUAGAAUGAAACAAAUAAUCCUUAUAUGGAUUCUAUGCAUGAUAUGAGGGGAUAUAACAUAAUUUGAAAUAAGCGUUGCUUGGGUUAUAUAUUUGUAUAUAUGUAGAUAAUGUUUAGGCUUUAUAACUGCCGAAGCUUUUUUCGGUAACUGAAUGAAAAUGUAACUAUAGAAUAAGUAAUUUGAAUUAAUGCACAAUUCUUUCAAAUUAUAUUAAACAUUAGGGUAUCUUUAAAAAAGAUUACUCAUUGAAAAAGUGUAACGAUUAUACAUGUAUCAUUGUUAUAUAUAUAUAUAUAUAUUUUCGUAUUAAGAAAUUAUUAUUAAAUGGAUUUAUAUAUGCCACAAAUGAAUUUUUAUCAUGUGAAAUAUUCAACAGUUCCAAGUUUUAAAAAUUUUAAAUAAGAUAUAAUUCGCAAUAAAGAUGCCUUUUAUAAUAAGAACUUAGUCAAGUACUUCAAUAUAAAUGUUUCAUUAUCUAACCCAACAUCGACGAUUAAUUAAGAGUUUCCUUCAAGUUUGCUUCUGUGUUGAAAUCUUUUGUGUUCAGCGCCCUGUGGCAGCACCAAGUACACAAAGUUCGACAUUUCUCUCCUCCUUUUCCUUGAAUACUUGAAAGUCUACACUCCGUUCC